GCCGUGCCCGGCCUGCCCCUGGCUAGCUCCAGGGUCCUGCCCGGCGUCGUCCUCCGCAGGGACUUCGCUGCCUACUGCCCGACGGACGGGGAGCUGCGGGCCCUGCUCGUCACCGAGCCCCUACGGCCCGCCCUGACGGCCCCCGGUGUCGAGUUUGUUGUAGACUCCGAAGGUCAGUAUCAGGCUUCCCUGCGCUGGAUCGCUAAGAGGACAGAAGCCUUAAUGAAACACUUACAGAGUAACAACGUUAAGCUGUUACUGUCGAGCGUGAAGCAAGAAGAAGUAGUUAUCUACUCUGCCAAAUUAUAUGGUGUGUCUGUGGUAGAGUGCUUGUCGUCGGAAGAAAUGGCCCUUAUCAGUGAAAUCACCGGUGUGUCCCCUUCUGCACCUUUUAGUGAUAACACGGACAGAGAAAUAACCGAAACUGCCGUAGUGACGUUUUGCCAGCCCUUGCUGCUCGCCUCCAAGAGAUGCGUGCACAUCGGCUUCACCAGUGUGUGUGCCUUCCAGCCCCAUUGCCUGAUCCUCUGUGGGCCGGUCGAUGGCGUUAAUGAGCAACAUGCUGCUGCUUUGCAGGAGGCGUUCACCAUGCUGCAGCAGCUGUUUAAAACAGUUGAUCAGAGGGAAGAGGGAUGGAAAGCAGAAGGUGGAAGCCAGAGCGAAGCCUCGCAUAUUUGCACUUGGCAUUCUUCAGCUACUCAGAAACAAGUGGUGAUAGAAAAUACUUGUAACCAGGUUUCUGAAUGUCAGCUGAAAGCACUUAGUGAUGAAACAGAGAGAAAAAUCUUAGAAAGUGAUCUGCUGGUCCACAAUCGAAUGACCCACAGUGCUCUUGUGUCAGUGGCACACAACACUGAUACAGUCACUGCGUGUGAGGGCCUGGAUGUUGGCAAAGGUCUAGAGAAGGCGUGUUGCCAUGUGGUUCCAUUUAAACAGGAGGAGAGUUGUGCAGGUAUUGCACAGGAUUACUCCAAUUGCCUCAUAGAAGCAGGAUCAGUUUUGCCAGUAGGAGGUUACUUUGAAAUCUUGUUGCAUUAUUAUAUUCAGGAUUAUGCAAAACAGUGUCAGCAGUCAGAGGUAAUCAUUGUAUCUAACACAGUUGCUGAUGCUUUGCUAAGUAUUCCCAAGGCCUUGUACCAGACUGCAGAACGAGAUGGCUUUACCAAAUUCUAUCUUGAAGCCGUUAAUUUACUCCGAAAAAAUCAGCCACUGCCUGUAAACGAUGAAGGCUUAGAGUCAGUGUAUUGCAAAUACCAGUUAGUCAUUUCAGUUCUUCAUUGUGUUACAGAGCUUCUCUCCAUAGACUUAGUAAUUGGUAUUAGGCGGCCGCUCCAAAAAAUUGAGGAUCGUGACUCAGAAGAUGACUCCUGAAAUCGUUAAUAAAGAAUUAUUUUGAUGAUC